UCGUCAUAAUGUAAUAUUUCGCCACAAUGAAAAAUUAACCACCGUUAUAUUUUAUCUAUAUAAGAUCCACGUGUAAAAUCAAAAUUCUCAUCACCAUCUAAAGGAGUACAUUGCAGAAUACAUAUUAUAUUUUUCAAUUUUCAACGACCCGACAACCAUGAGUGGACGAGGUAAGGCAGGUAAAUCCAAAGGUGGAAAGUCAAAGACUAGAUCCUCACGAGCCGGAUUGCAAUUUCCCGUCGGUCGUAUUCAUCGUUUGUUGAAGAAGGGCAAUUACGCUGAACGUGUCGGGGCCGGUGCUCCGGUCUACUUGGCUGCCGUCAUGGAGUAUUUAGCUGCUGAGGUUUUGGAAUUGGCCGGUAACGCUGCCCGUGAUAACAAGAAGAGUCGUAUCAUUCCAAGACAUUUGCAGCUGGCCAUUAGAAACGACGAGGAAUUAAACAAAUUAUUGAACGGCGUCACUAUCGCUCAAGGCGGCGUGUUGCCUAACAUACAAGCCGUCCUUUUACCAAAGAAGACCGAAAAAACUAAGACAACUUAGUCAAAUUUUUUUUCACAUUAAUAUUAUACCUGUACGCGUUUCAAAACGGCCCUUUUCAGGGCCACCAAAAUUUACAACACUACUUUUUGAUUUUUAACCUUUCUCUUUAAACACAAACAGGUGAAUGAAGAAUCUAUUAACUCCAGUUCAAAUAAAAUGUUG